GUCAAAGAGAAUAAUUUCGAAUUUUCAGGAAUUUACUGCUAAUCUAAACAUCAAGCAUGGCUACCUUGAAGGAUUCGGAAUCUGAUGCUCAAGUGACAUUUGAAGAUCAACAAAAGAUCAAUAAGUUUGCCAGACAUAAUGCAAAACUGCAGGACAUAAAGGAAGAACUUACAACUAAAAAGAAAGAUCUUCAAAAUCUGGAGGAUGCAGCUGAUGAGCUAAUGCUUCAAGAUGGAGAUGAUGGCGCCAUUCCAUACCAGAUCGGAGAGGUAUUUGUGAGCUCAACUGUUGAUGAAGCCAAUGAGAUGAUCGAGAAAGCCAAGGAAAAUACCCAGAAGGCCAUAGAGGAACUAGAAGAGAGGGCAGAGACUCACAAGAAAGUUCUUUCAGAUUUAAAAGUACAACUUUAUGCUAAGUUUGGAAACAAUAUUAAUUUAGAGGCAGAGGAUGACUGAAGAAUCAUCGAAACAUCAGAUAUUUAUAUCAUUGUACAUUACAAUAGUUUGCCUCAGUGAAACUUUAGGCUUGGAACACUGUCCUUCCUCAAAUUGUACGAAAAGCUUUGGACUGUGGAUCUUUUUGAAGGAGACUUUAAGGUGUUCCAAAUAUCUUAUUACCACCUGUCAUCACAUGUGUUGUACUGUCUAAAAUCUUGUUUUGUCUGUGUCAUAAUACUUGGUUAACUGAUUAAACAAGAACCUACA